AUGAACGUGGCCCGCCUCAACAUGUGCCACGGGGACCGGGAGUGGCACCGGGCCGCCAUCCGCGCCGUCAGGAGGCUCAACGAGGACAAGGGCUUCGCCGUCGCCGUCAUGAUGGACACCGAGGGCAGCGAGAUCCACAUGGGCGACCUCGGCGGCGCGUCCUCCGUCAAGGCGGAGGAUGGAGAAGUAUGGACGUUUAGCGUUAGAUCAUUUGAAUUGCCUCUCCCAGAACGAACUAUUAAUGUGAACUAUGAUGGAUUUGCUGAAGAUGUGAGAGUUGGUGAUGAGCUUCUUGUGGAUGGUGGAAUGGCUCGGUUUGAGGUGAUUGAGAAGAUAGGGCCAGAUGUUAAGUGCCGUUGCACAGAUCCUGGUUUAUUGUUGCCACGUGCCAAUCUUACAUUCUGGCGUGAUGGCAGUAUCGUCCGUGAGAGGAAUGCUAUGCUUCCUACAAUUUCAUCAAAGGAUUGGCUUGACAUAGACUUUGGAAUUGCCGAAGGUGUAGAUUUCAUCGCUGUUUCAUUUGUCAAGUCUGCAGAAGUAAUUAAACACUUGAAAAGCUACAUAGCUGCAAGGGGCCGUGGCAGUGAUUUAGCAGUCAUUGCAAAAAUUGAGAGCAUUGACUCUUUAAAGAACCUGGAGGAGAUCAUCCGAGCAUCAGAUGGUGCCAUGGUAGCCAGAGGGGAUAUGGGGGCACAGGUUCCCUUGGAGCAGGUCCCCUCAAUACAACAAAAGAUAGUUCAACUGUGCAGGCAGCUCAACAAGCCAGUCAUUGUUGCUUCUCAGCUUCUCGAAUCGAUGAUAGAGUAUCCCACACCCACCAGGGCUGAAGUUGCAGAUGUUUCUGAAGCUGUCCGCCAGCGAGCUGAUGCUCUAAUGCUUUCUGGCGAGUCAGCGAUGGGGAGGUAUCCGGAUAAGGCUCUUAGUGUUCUAAGGAGCGUCAGCCUAAGGAUUGAGAAGUGGUGGAGAGAGGAGAAGCGUCAUGAGGCCCUGGAACUUCAAAGUGUUUCAUCUUCCUUCUCUGACAAGAUAUCAGAAGAGAUCUGCAACUCAGCAGCUAAAAUGGCUAAUGGCUUGGGAGUAGAUGCUGUUUUUGUUUUCACGAAGACUGGCCACAUGGCCUCCCUGCUCUCGCGGUGCCGUCCCGACUGCCCGGUUUUCGCCUUCACAACCUCGACGUCUGUCAGGAGACGGCUGAACCUCCAGUGGGGCCUGAUCCCCUUCCGCCUCAGCUUCUCCGACGACAUGGAGAGCAAUCUGAACCGCACCUUCUCCCUGCUCAAGGCCAGGGGCAUGAUCCAGUCUGGCGACCUCGUGAUCGCCCUCUCAGACAUGCUGCAGUCCAUCCAGGUGAUGAACGUACCCUAA